GACUGUCGUCCCAUUCAGUACGCGACGAUCGCUCCAAGAUCGGUUGUCGUUCAGCGCAAUUUUUACAACAGAUUUGCUUUUUUUGCUUGCUUGUGUGUGUGUGUUUCGGUUUUUCGCUGCUGUAGUAAUUCUCGGUUUUGGCGUUUUUUGGUCUUUUUUUGUUUUUUGUAUUUUUUGUUUUUUUCGUUGUUUCGUUUUCCCCCCGCACUGACCUCUGGCAGAGCGCCAAUAUAAAAAUUGAAGCGCAUACAAACGCAGCAUUUAGUCUAGUGUCAGCCUGUCAUCCCGUUACACAGCGCUCUCUUCAACACGCAAGCGCACGCACGACAGCACGCACAAAAGUAGGCACGCACGCACGCACGCAGGCACGUACGUACGCACGCACGCAAAGCACACUCUCUUUCGCUCUCUCCCAGAGUCCAGCCGGCAAAAGCAACAGCACCGAGAGUGCAUAUCCCCCCUGGAAGAGCAACAACAAAGACUCUUACGACUGAUAGGGACGCUGCCAUGACGCUACCACGCCCCGCGCCAGCCCCACUACUGCUGCUGCUGCAGCUGAUAGCAACAGCAACCAUCACAUCAGCCCUGGCAAGUGGUCAGAUUAUGAACAAUACGCAAGCGAUGGCGAUGGCGCUGGACGUGAAUGAAAUACCCCAGAGGUAUGACGAGGCGCAGCUGUGGAGGAUAUACAACAUAUCGGAGGCGAUGCAGCGCCAAGUGCCCGUGGGACAGGUGCUCGAGCAGAAGUUCGGGGGCAACAUCUGGAAGGAGAACUCAAAGUUUUUGGACAUAUCCAUAGGCAAGGAGCAGCUGAAGGCGGCGCGUUCCUUCCUCGAUGCUCAGCGCCUGGAUGCACAAGUGCUGUCCGAGAAUGUCCAGGCACUGAUCGACGAGGAGCACCUGGAUGGGAUCAAUGCCACCGCCCCGGAACAAGGCCAGAGAUCAAAGAAGGCCGCGAGGAGCAGCAUGCACUGGAAGGACUACCACGAUCUGGAGACCAUCUAUGCCUUCAUGAGGGAGAUCCGCAGCAAGUUCCCGAACAUUGUCCGUCUUUAUACAAUCGGCCAGACGGCUGAGGGUCGCGACCUGAAGGUCCUAAGAAUCUCAGAGAAUCCACGCGAGUACAAGAAGAUCUGGAUAGACGGCGGCAUCCACGCCCGCGAGUGGAUCAGCCCGGCGACAGUGACAUUCAUCCUGUACCAGCUUAUGUCCAACUGGGAGAACCAGCCGGCUCACAUUCGUGGCCUCACCUGGUACAUCAUGCCCGUGAUGAAUCCCGAUGGCUACGAGUACUCCCGCACCACCAACCGCCUGUGGCGCAAGAAUCGGUCGCCCUCGCGACGCUCCAACUGCUUGGGCGUCGACCUCAAUCGCAACUUUGACAUUGGAUGGGCAGGCUACGGCUCUUCGACGAAUCCCUGCAGCGACACGUACCGCGGCUCGAGCCCCGCCUCGGAGGCGGAGACGAAGGUCGUAACCGAGUUCCUGGCCAAGCGCAAGUACAACCUGGAGGCGUAUCUAACCUACCAUAGCUACGGACAGAUGAUCGUCUAUCCAUGGGCGUACAAGGCCGUCAAGGUGAAGGAUGCCAGCGUGCUGCAGCGGGUCGGCAACACGGCCGUCCAGCGUAUUGCCCAGAAAACCGGUAGCACCUAUCAAUCAGCGGUCACCCACGAGGUGCUGGGCAUUGCCGGCGGCGGCUCCGAUGAUUGGAGUCGGGCGGCCCUCGGUGUCAAGUACGUGUACACCGUGGAGCUGCGCGAUCGCGGCACCUACGGCUUCGUGCUGCCCCCCAAGUUCAUCAAGGACACGGCCCUCGAGGGCUGGACCGUGGCCGAGACGGUGGCCCAGGCCAUCGGAUAAUCUCUGCGCCUCUUGUCCUUUCCCGGAAUGGGUGUCUGUCUGAAUGGGUGUGAAUUGUGUCCAGUGAUUGAUGAUUAAUUAUUUAUGUUUGUGUGAGUGUGAGUGUGUACCUGUGUGCGUGCGUGUCCUUCAUCCUGUGCGGCAGGAAAUAAAAAAAUCAAAGCUA